CCAAAUCGAUUUGGACUUUUGCCCUAUAAGAGUAGCGGCGUCACGAGAUUGAUAUCUAGUGAGUAAUCAAAGAGAAUGGCUCACAGGGAUCAUGGAGCCGAUUUCCCAAUCACCUGCGAAUCUUGCUUCGGAGACAAUCCGUACGUGCGAAUGACCCGAGCGGAUUAUGAUAAGGAAUGCAAGAUAUGUAGACGCCCUUUCACAGCUUUUAGGUGGCGACCAGGCCGGAAUGCUAGAUUCAAGAAAACCGAAAUUUGUCAGACUUGCUGCAGGCUGAAAAAUGUAUGCCAAGUCUGUCUUCUGGAUCUCGAGUUUGGUCUUCCUGUUCAGGUCAGAGACACCGCACUCCAAAUUAAUAGUACUCAUUACUCUAUCCCAGAGAGCCAUGUCAACAGAGAGUACUUUGCUGAGGACCAUGACAGAAAGACUGGAGCUGGACUGGAUUAUGAAUCUUCAUUUGGGAAGAUGCUACCUAGUACUAUUUCAAAUCUUCAAAGAACAACACCAUACUAUGAUAGGAACCGGCCACGAGUUUGUAGUUUCUACACCAUUGGUCAGUGUAAAAGAGGUGCCGAAUGUUCAUACCGGCACGAGAUGCCCGAAACAGGAGAGCUAUCCCAGCAAAACAUAAAAGAUCGUUAUUAUGGUGUAAAUGAUCCAGUCGCGAAGAAGUUACAUGGAAAAGCUGGUGAGAUGGGCACUUUGGAACCACCAGAGGAUGAAAGCAUCAAAACGCUUUAUGUCCGUGGACUUAACUCGAGUAUCCUCGAACAAGACAUACAUGACAAACUCUACGCUUAUGGAGCUAUCAGAGUCUUUGCCGAGAAAGGCUAUGCGUUUGUCGCAUUCAAAACCCGAGAAGGAGCAGAGAAGGCCAUUCAAGAGCUCUCCAACAGGCUAGUUGUCAACGGUCAGAGGCUAAAACUCACAUGGGGAAGACCUAAGGUCCCCAAACCUGAUCAAAGUGGUUCAAACCAACAGCAACAGGGCAGUGUGGCUCAUAGUGGUUUAAUACCGCGCGAGAACCGCUAUAUCUCGCAGCAGUACUAUACGCACCCACCACCACCUAACCAAUACAGACCUUAUGACCCAUCAAUGGACCCGCAGAGAAUGGGUGCAGUCAUUUCAACCCAAGAGGGUGGUGGUUCAAGCACCAGUGAGAACAACGGAGCUUCUUCUUCUUACCCGAUGCCUCCACACCAGCCAAACCUGCCACCACCAUAUGGAUAUAUGACAUGAAAAUUAGUCUUAACGUUCUUAAUUACUUUCGUUUUCA